AUGUCCAAACAACCUGUCUCCAUGGAAACAGUACUGUAUGCACCAUAACAAGUUUCCAGAUCUGUUCAAAUAAAAUAGAUUUAACAUUUAAGUGAAACUUUGUGGUGCACAGAAGAAUAAAGUCUGUAAUUAGCCUAAUCAGAAGGCUGAAUGUUGUUGUUUUUUUUUUUUUUAAUACAUAGAGAGUUAAAUGGUUAUGGAGCUGUAAUCCUUUGAACAAUGUUACCAUGGAAACCAUAAGAGCAUCUGCCAAAUGUAAAUAUUAUGACAAAGAUCAUCUGAAGAGGUGGCUCAAAGAAAUUGUAAGACUGAAAUGGAGAAACUUUACCUGGAAGAGAAGGCAUCACUGGAAGAGAACCAAACCUGCACAAACCCAGGCGGACAUGAAGAUAAAGCCUCAGUUGGUCUCAGCGAUGGACAGCAGGUUCAGCCCACCCAGAGGCUGGAGAAAAAACACCGUUGUGACAAGUGUCUGAAACAUUUCAGAUUGAAGACGUAUCUGAAAAUUCACCAACGCAUUCACACUGGAGAGAAGCGCUAUCUCUGUGACCAGUGUGGAAACACUUUCAUUCAGAAGGGUAAUUUUAACAAACAUCAGCGAAUCCACACUGGUGAAAAGCCUUACAGCUGCAGUCAGUGUGAGAAGACAUUCAGAGAUCUGUCAGCACUGAAGAAACAUCAGCACAUCCACACUGGUGAAAAGCCUUACAGCUGCGAUCAGUGUGAGAAGAGAUUCAGACAUCUGUCAGCACUGAAGGAACAUCAGCGAAUCCACACUGGUGAAAAGCCUUACAGCUGCAGUCAGUGUGAGAAGACAUUCAGACAUCAGUCAGCACUGAAGAGACAUCAGCGAAUCCACACUGAUGAAAAGCCUUACAGCUGCAGUCAGUGUGAGAAGACAUUCAGAGAUCUGUCAGCACUGAAGAAACAUAAGCGGAUCCACACUGAUGAAAAGCCUUAUAGCUGCAGUCAGUGUGAGAAGAGAUACAAAAGUUCCCACAAUCUGAAGCGUCAUCAGCGAAUCCACACUGGAGAAAAAGACUGAUCCACAUAAGACAGCAGCAACAUCUGGAAUGUGAGGGAACUUAUUUCUCUCCUCCUGGCUUCUAUCACUACAGCAACAACAGUCGGUGCUGUCAGUAACAUUUAUAUCAAUAAUAAUAACAAGCAUGCAAAUAAA